AUGAAGCUCAGAGGACCUGCCAUGAACAGGAGUUUGAACAGAAGGAAUCCAGAUGUUUUGGUUGUGAUGAUUGCAGAGAAACAGAUAAUGAGAGGUAAUGAGGAGGACAAAGGAGAUCAGUUCUCAGAGAUGAGAGACAGAGGGAUGGGCCCUCUAAAGGCUGCAACAGAUAUGAGUGGAACUGCAGCACUAAAGAGUAAUGUUCUUUUGACAAGCCUUGGUGGAGGAGAAGCUGCAUUUCCAGAGUUUGGAUUGUUGGUGGGUGAUAAUUUCUCUGCAACUGAUUGCAAGGUUAUUCCGCGCUACCGCACAGCCAGUGCAGCCCGUGGAAUGAUGCUGGUAGAUAACUUUGGAUUGUCACUGUUCUAG